CGGCUCUGGGCCAAUGACGGCCCCCGGCGGGGACAUUUUUCCGCGGAGGGCGGGACUUCCGGCUUCCUUGCUGGCGGACGUCACUUGCGUGCGACGGUUCCGUCCACGCCAGCUGUGCGGUGGGCAUUGGCGGUCUGUGGCCGUUUCGAGUGCGCCUCUUCGCGAAUGACCGGAAGGGAGGCUAGGACUCGCCUCCGCUCCUUUGCGCGAGUCGGGAGCCUCCUUGUGAUCGAUCCCUUUUCCCGGGCAGAGAAGACGUGUCGGUCGGCCGAGCCCGCGGGACCCGUCUCAGGGGCCGCCUGUCCCGGCGCCCGCUGUCUCCUCGGGGGCCCAUGAUGGCGGCAGCGUGGAUGGAGGCGGCGCGGGUGAGUGGACGAUGUUGGUGGCACUGCUGCUUCUCUGCUGGUUCAGAAAGGCUCCUGCGCAGGCUGUGGGUGAAGAAAGGCACUAGAACAGGCGAGACGGAACGUACAGGUGGACGACCGACACCCAGUAUAUGAAAGGAGAACUUUGACACACCACCUGCCCAGGAAUCCAAGCCCUUAUCUACAAUCAGCGACCCAGGAAUCCUGCCCAGUUGAAGUCAGACUUGCCAGUAGCCGGAUGUCUAUCCCUAGAGACAGCCCAGGAAGGUGUCUGUGACCUUCGAUGAUGUGGCUGUGACGUUUACCCAGGAGGAGUGGGCACAGCUGGACCCAGCUCAGCGGACCCUGUACCAGGAGGUGAUGCUGGAAAACCGUGGGCUGCUGGUGUCUCUGGGGUGUCCGGUUCCCAGACCUGAGCUGAUCUGCCAGCUGGAGCACGGGCAGGAGCUGUGGAUGGUGCAGAAAGACCUCUCCCAAAGCACCUGUCCAGGCGAAGGAUACAGAUUAGAAGGGGGCCUGGAGGUGUUCCAACCGCGAAGUUUCCAUGUCUUCAGCAGCUCCUUACCUCCCAGGAUCGAUGUGUGGCCGUCUGUGCCCGAAGAUUCAUCAACCAGCGAAAUUCAGCAGAGCCUCGGUGACAGAGGGAAACCCAAGACCAGAGAACCUAGCCCUUGGGAGCCAGCCGUCUCUGAGGGAGCCUCCCUCCGGGAACCAACACAAGGAGGCCUAGGGGACCCCCAGUCGGGACAAACCAAGGAUCAGGAUGGGCCAUCGGUAGUGCAGGAAGGGCCCUUUGGACGAGGGAUAGCCUCCCAGAGGGGGAAGCUUCCUGGGAAAGUGAGUCCUGAACAUGGCCGCUCAGGGACAGCUGAUGGUGUGAGUUCACGGGGUGUGCAGGAGCCCUUCCCUCCAGGAGGAGCUGUCCGUGACCGUGACUCAGGUGGAUCAGGUAAAGAUGCCAUGAUCCAGGAAGAGGAAAAUAUCUUUAAGUGCAACGAAUGCGGGAAAGUGUUUAACAAGAAACACCUUCUUGCUGGGCAUGAAAAGAUUCACUCUGGGGUGAAGCCAUAUGAAUGCACGGAGUGUGGGAAAACGUUUAUUAAGAGCACGCACCUGCUCCAGCACCACAUGAUCCACACUGGGGAGAGGCCCUACGAGUGCAUGGAGUGCGGCAAGGCCUUCAACCGCAAGUCCUACCUCACGCAGCACCAGCGGAUCCACAGUGGAGAGAAGCCGUACAGGUGCAGUGAGUGCGGAAAGGCCUUCACCCACCGCUCCAAUUUUGUCUUACAUAAGAGGAGACACACCGGGGAGAAAUCCUUCGUGUGCAAAGAAUGUGGGCAGGUCUUCCGACAUAGGCCCGGAUUCCUUCGACAUCACAUCGUCCACAGCGGCGAGAAUCCGUACGAGUGCUUUGAGUGCGGCAAGGUCUUCAAACACAAGUCGUACCUCGUGUGGCACCAGCAGACACACACCGGGGAGAAGCCCUAUGAGUGCAGCGAGUGCGGCAAGGCCUUCUGUGAGAGCGCCGCCCUCAUUCACCACUACGUCAUCCACACCGGGGAGAAGCCCUUCGAGUGCCUCGAGUGCGGGAAGGCCUUCAACCACAGGUCCUACCUCAAGAGGCACCAGCGGAUUCACACCGGGGAGAAGCCUUUUGUGUGCACCGAGUGUGGAAGGGCCUUCACCCACUGCUCCACCUUCAUCUUGCAUAAAAGGGCCCACACUGGCGAGAAGCCCUUUGAGUGCAAAGAAUGUGGAAAAGCCUUUAGCACUCGGAAAGAUCUCAUUCGGCACUUCAGCGUCCACACUGGGGAGAAGCCCCAUGAGUGCACGGAGUGCGGGAAGGCCUUUAACCGCAGGUCAGGCCUGACGAGGCACCAGCGGAUUCACAGUGGCGAGAAGCCCUAUGAAUGCAUGGAGUGUGGGAAAUCCUUCUGCUGGAGCACCAACCUCAUUCGACACGCCAUCAUCCACACGGGAGAGAAGCCUUACAAGUGCAGUGAGUGUGGAAAGGCCUUCAGUCGCAGCUCCUCCCUCACUCAGCAUCAAAGGGUUCAUACUGGGCGAAACCCUGUCAGCGUGACAGAUGUGGGAAGACCCUUCCCAGGUGACCAAACCUCAGCCACCCUCCGAGAACUCCUGCUGGGAAAAGACUUUCUGAAUGUAAACCCCGAGGAGACUCUUUUGCAGGAGAAAACAUCUACCACAACGUCUGAUCAUACAUACCAAAGAGAAACCCCACAGGUAUCUUCACGAUGAGAGAACCUGUCACAGGUCAUCCAUCAGUCGUGUGAAGACGCAUUUGAGAGAUUGGCGCAGCGUCAAGCCUUAUUCUGCAUCUCAGAAUUCAUCGGUGAGGGAGAGACUGUUUGUGUAGCUACUGUUUUUCUCCUUAGUUUACACUGCAGUGUUAUCUCAGGAAUUUUUAUAAAGAGAAGGUAGAGACUUAGAAGAGAAAAUGUAUCGCAAA